AUGACGUGCGGUGAGGCCUGCGGGACUGACAGGCUCGCCCGCGCGCCGGUGCGGCGUCCCUAGGGAAGCCGCGCAGCGCCGGACUCGGAGCUUGCCCGCGCUUCUCUCGUGGACGGCGGCGGCGGCGCGCGCGUGCGAGCGAGCGAGGGUGGAGGUGGCUCGUGCGCGCGUGUGAGUGAGCGUGUGAGAGAGCGUGUGUGUCUGUGUGACUGUGUGUGUGCACGCGCGCGUGGAACCUGGGCACCUGGGCCCCACUGCCUUCCACACCCUGCCCGCUGCGCGGCUCCAAACUCGCCCCUCUUCCCGCACCGCGGGCUGCCCUCGUGAGAGAAGGCCGCGGGACACAGGUGUGCCGGGCUCGCGGGACCCGCUGGAGACAAAGGGGGCGCGGAGGUGAGGCGGCCCGCCCGCCCGCCAUGGCCUCCCGGAGCCUGGGGGGCCUGAGCGGGAGCCGCGGCGGCGGUGGCGGCGGCGGCGGUAAGAAGAGCCUGAGCGCCCGCAACGCCGCGGUGGAGCGGAGGAACCUGAUCACCGUGUGCAGAUUUUCAGUAAAGACCCUGAUUGAUCGGUCUUGCUUUGAAACUAUUGAUGAUUCUUCUCCUGAAUUUAAUAACUUUGCAGCUGUUCUGGAACAAAUUCUAAGUCACCGGCUAAAAGGUCAAGUAACCUGGUUUGGCUAUGAAAGCCCUCGUAGCUUCUGGGACUACAUCAAAGUGGCUUGCCGGAAAGUUUCACAAAACUGUAUCUGUAGUAUUGAAAAUAUGGAAAAUGUCAGUUCCUCCAGAGCUAAGGGUAGAGCCUGGAUCAGAGUAGCACUCAUGGAAAAACAUUUGUCUGAAUACAUCUCUACAGCUUUGAGAGACUUCAAAACAACCAGGAGGUUUUAUGAAGACGGAGCCAUUGUCUUGGGUGAAGAAGCCAAUAUGCUUGCGGGCAUGCUGCUCGGACUCAAUGCUAUCGACUUCAGCUUCUGCCUAAAGGGAGAAGGAUUAGAUGGCACCUUCCCUGCUGUGAUAGACUAUACACCAUAUUUGAAGUUUGAACAAAGUUCUGACAGCAUCAGCAGUGAUGAGGAGGAGCUCAGGACAUUUGGGAGCAGUGACAGCGAGGGCAGCACCCCUGAGAACGUGGGGCCACCUCUCAUCCUGGACGAGAACACCUGGUUCAACAAGUGCAAGAGAGUGAGGCAGAAAUACCAACUUACCCUGGAGCAGAAGGGUUAUCUUGAAGAACUAUUAAGGCUUCGUGAGAACCAACUUUCUGAAUCUGUCUCUCAGAAUAAAUUACUACUUCAGAGGAUCGAAGAUUCUGAUCUGGCCCACAAAUUGGAGAAAGAACAGUUAGAAUAUAUCAUUGUGGAGCUUCAAGAUCAACUGACUGUACUAAAGAAUAAUGAUUUAAGAUCAAGACAAGAGUUAACUGCCCACCUCACCAAGCAGUGGCCUUCCCCAGGAGCUCUGGAUGUCAAUGCUGUUGCCCUGGAUACCUUGCUUUACCGAAAGCACAAUAAACAGUGGUAUGAUAAAAGUUACCAAAGCCUUGACCAGUUAUCAGCAGAAGUUAGCCUUUCUCAGGCCUCACUGGAUCCCAGCCACUCACAAGAAGGAGAUGGAAAGCAAGACUCAUUGAAUUUCAUCGGGGAAGGUAAAGAAGAUACGCCCUCACUUCUUGGUCUUUGUGGGUCACUAACGUCAGUGGCAAGUUACAAGUCCCUAACAAGCCUAAAGUCCAAUGACUGCCUUGCAAGCCCCACCACGGAGGUAACAAGCCCAGGCCUGACUCCAUCCUGAAAGACCGACCGUAAAACCCAAAGUUUCUGUAGUGUUGGAAAUAUUCUGUUUACAUAAGUUUGGAUGCUGGGAGAUUUUGAAGUUUUAUAUUCUGGCACAUGUGCGGCAUUUUGCUGUUUGGAGAUUUCCGUCCAGCCCGUGUGAAUUUCUGAGGGAAAAGCAUAGUAGUCCCGUAUUUUUCUUUUUAAAAUAUUACAUUUGUCACUGAGAUGUUUAAAGUUGACUAGGCUUUAAAAAUCUUACAAAGAUUGUCUGAAUUCAUUAUAAAUUGUACAUAGUUGUUAUUCAACUGAUUUUUUAUAUUUAUUUAAAUGCGUCUUGAUGUCUAGAGACCAGGUCCAGGUUUUAUUCCAGACACCUAAGCUUAGCGGUUUCUUUUACUCCUUUAUUUGGUGGUCAAAUGUACACAAAAGGCAACUAACUAGUUCCAUUAGAACUCCUGCUCUGAUGUCUGUGUAGCACGCUGUGAGGGUGACAUGUCCUAGCCACAACUGCUCAGCAGCUCUUUAAGCGUUCCUUCAUCAGUUGGGACCAACUUUUAGCACUUGAUAAAUUUCAUAGAAAUGUGCCUUUUUAGGCGGUUGCUGACUUAAUUUGUAAGGUAUGGAGGAAAAGCAUUUUAUAUAUCAGAAAAUAAAUGCAUUUCUUAGACUUAUUUUCCCAGGUAUGCCUAAGACAUUGGAAACAUUUCAAAAUAGAGAACAAAUGUUGGCAGGGUGUUACUAACAUCAGAAGUUUCCAGUUUAAUUAACGAUUUGAGACCUUCCUCUUAAAGAAAGACCUCCUGGAUGAGCAGGAGAUCUUACUGUGGAUCUUAAUGUGUCUGGGCUGCAAUGCUGUCUUCCCUGUGUGCCACAAUAAGUUACAUACUGGGCUUUUCACAGCCAUUACUGCUAUGCCAUUUCUCAUUUUUCAAACUGACGUUAGUGUUGAAAAAAUCUAUACUUCUGUAGGAAAACAGGUUUUCUUUAAACAGCUGUUUCAAAUUUUUUUAAAUUUUUGAAAUCCUACACAUGUCCCUAAAAGUCCCACCAUUUUGAAAAUGAACACGUAUGAAGUGUAUAUUCUAUCUAUAGUGAGUCACAGGAGGAAAACAAGUGUGCCAAAGACAUUUCCUAUGCUGUUUCCUAAAGGGGCCACCGUGCUCACUCUUGUCUGUAAGUUUUUAUAUUUAAACCUAGCAGCUGUGACACGUUGGAAGUGCAUCCUUCCUAAAAAGCUUCCUGAGGAGAGCUGAACUCACACGUCCGUUCCUUGUGUCCGAAGCGUAGGCGUGAGGUUCUGGGGAGUGCUUGGAGCUUAGUCUCAUGGUGUGGAAUCCUUCAGUAGUAAGAUGACCGGCGUCACAUGUGAGGCGGUGCAGACACUAAUCUCUGGGGCAAAGGAGGCCUGCAAGCUCAAGGCAGACAGUGCAGUGGCUGGCUCAGAACAUGCUGAGACUUUCCUCCUGCAGCUGAUGUAUCUAAACAGAGCACCUCCAUCCGCUCGGAACCAUGUACACCGUCCUCAGAGUGCGAUGGCCAAAGCCACUUUAAAGUCGUGUCAGGAAGAGCAAGUGAAGACAGCAGGCCUGCAGGAGGCCGUACGGGGACGCCUACUUUCCUAAGAACUAUCAAAGUGUUUACUGCUUUAUCACCAUGGCCUGCCUGCUCUCACCUGUCAUUUAUGAUUUUUUCAGAUAUAAAACCUUGGUAAAUCUUUUCAUACACUUUUAUAAAGUAGAAGGGAAUACAAGAUUUCCCAGUUGGUACACUUUUUCAGAUCUGUCCGAUAGAAACACUAGUUUGUGACAAAUCCCUGCUGCAAACUGCAGACUGAGACAUGACACCUGAGGAUCAUGGCUUUCCCUCUGUAACUGGAGCUCUCGAUAGAAAUCUCAGCUGCUGCUGUGGAACGCAGUCUCCACAGCUCAUUUCCAUCUAGAUGCAGCUUGUGUGCUUGUGUGGUGAGCAGUGUCUCAGUCUUUAAUUUUCAGUGGUACUGUUUAUUUUUCAGAACCCCACCAAGAAUGCUGGCUAUGCCUAUCUUUCCAUCUGUAUUUCGUUGCCUUGAUGUACUAUAUU